CUACGGCCACUCAAGAAGUUUCCUGUCUCGCGAUCGCUCUGGUGCCGAGGCAGGGCCCUGCCCAGACACGGAGGCAGGCAGGCAGGCAAAGCAGGCAGGCAGGCAGGCAAGGGGAGAGCGACUAGGGCUGGAGGAGGCAAGCACACUUCUGGGCAGCUGACAGGCAGACGGACAGACGGCAGGACGGAAGCGCGGGCGGGGCCUGUGAUUGGCGGCUCGGCGGCAGGCUGGUGGAAGAUGUCGUCGGGGGCCGGCGGGCGGGGGAGCCGCCAUGCGCGGUCGCGUAACAGCGGCGCCGGUGGUGGCGGCGGCGGCAGCGGCGGCGGCAGCUGCGGCAGCUCGGGCGGCUACGGCGGCUCCGGGGACGCGGCGGUGGUGGAGGAGGGCCCGGUGGGCAUCCCGUUCCCCGAGCACAGCGCCGACGUGCUGGGCGGCCUCAACAAGCAGCGGCAGAGCGGCCUGCUGUGCGACGUGCUGCUGGUGGUGCAGGAGCAGGAGUUCCACGCGCACCGCUCCGUCCUGGCCUCCUGCAGCGCCUACUUCCACAAGCUCUUCACCUCCGGCCUGGCCGCCAACCACCAGAGCGUCUACGCCCUCGACUUCGUGCGCGCCGAGGCGCUGGCGGCGCUGCUGGACUUCGCCUACACGGCCACGCUGACCGUCAGCCACACCAGCGUGGCCGACAUCCUGAGCGCCGCGCGCCUGCUGGAGAUCUCGCCCGUCCAAGAUGUCUGCACGCACCUGCUGGACACCAAAGUGCUCUCCCCGCCGGCGGGCAGUGAGCAAGAUGAGGAGGAAGAGAGAGAAGAAGAGGAAAGGCCUAAGAGUGGCAGCCGGGGAGGAGGCCGAGGAACGCGAGAGCAGGGGAACCAGCUGCGCGCCCGCGAGUACCUGGAGUUCUUCCAGCGGGGGGCGCACUGGGGCAGCAGUAGCUGCAGCACGCCAGAGCUCAGGGACCCGCUCACACACCAGCACUUUAGCCAGCGCAACGGAGCGGAGCGCAACGGGACCCCCAACGCGCCGCAUGAGUACGACUCCCCCCUGGCCCUCGCCCUGGCACAGCCGCCCAUGCCGGACCCAGAGGACGACGAAGAGGACGAGGAAGACAUGGAGGUGUCCUCGGCCUGGGCCCGGGGCAAUGGGGGGGUCGGAGGAGAAGCCGUGCUACCCCACUACUACACCCCGGGGGCCCAGAACGGACAUUUCUACCUCCAGACGGAGCGCGUGAAACUGGAGCAAGAGCAGCGGGCGGAGGCGGUCGAUCGGGAGCGGGAUCGAGAUCGAGAACGGGAGCGGGAGCGGGAGCGGGACCAGGAGCGAGACCGGAAGCGGGAUCCGAACAAUCAGGAGCGCGAGCCGGAGCGCGGCUCGGCCAGCGCCCUCCUGCAGCAGAUGAUGGACUCCAUCGAGCGGCAGAAGGAGCGCGAGGCGGCGGGCGAGGAGCCGCCCGACGGCGAGGACCCGGACGUGGAGUUUUACUUGAAGUACUUUAACAGCGCGCAGCACGAGGAAGGGUCCGCCGCCGCCGCCGCCGCCGUGGCAACCGCCACCGCCGUCUCCCAGGGCCUGCUGUGGUCGGUGCGCGGCGGUGGCGGUGGCGGUGGUGGCGGCGGGGUUGGCGGCCAGGCGGGCGUCGGUGGCCAAACGGGGGCCACGGGCGAGAGGAAGAUGCGCUCCAAGGCCUUCCAGAAGUGCCCCAUCUGCUCCAAGGUCAUCCAGGGCGCGGGCAAGCUGCCCCGGCACAUCCGCACGCACACGGGGGAGAAGCCCUACGAGUGCGCCAUCUGCAAAGUGCGCUUCACCAGGCAGGACAAGCUCAAGGUUCACAUGCGCAAGCACACGGGGGAGAAGCCUUACCUGUGCACCCAGUGCGGCGCCGCCUUCGCCCACAACUACGACCUGAAGAACCACAUGCGGGUCCACACCGGCCUGCGGCCCUACCAGUGCUCCAGCUGCUUCAAGACGUUCGUGCGCUCCGACCACCUCCACCGCCACCUGAAGAAGGACGGCUGCAACGGCAUCCCGUCGCGGCGCGGCCGCAAGCCCCGGGUGCGGGACCCCGAGCUCCUGGAGGGGGCCUCCGUGGGACUCCCGGGACCGCCGGGCUCCGGUGCCGGUGGCGGCGGCGGACGCAGCGGAAGGGGGCGAAGGCGCCUCGAGGUGGCCCAUCCUCCUCCUCCUACCGCCGCCGCCGCCGGCCCCACCUCCGCCGUGGAAGGAGGCCCAGGAAGCCAUGCACACAGCCCCACCCGGGCCGAGAGGGCUGCGGAGGAAGUGCAGUGAGACGAAAGGGAUGCUGGGACGUCGCGCUGGGGACUUCAGGAAGGGAUACGCAGAGAAGGGUUUGCGGCGGGGGACAUGCGAGAUGGAAAUUGAAAAACAACAACAACAACAACAAACAAGAAACAAAAAAAACAAAAAAAACAAAACAAAAAUGACAACUACAUGCUCCUCUCUAAACCAAAAUCAGGGUGUCACAAAAAUCUAUUUCUUUUCUCAUUUUACCUUUUACCCCCCUAUGCUUUAGAUUUUACAGAGUAGACUCACAUCUUAGGGGUCUGUUUAAAAAACAAACAAACAAACAAACAAAAAAAAAACACGAAAGAGCAAAGAGCACUUCACGUCACCUCCACCCUGUGUCCAUCUUUCUGAGUCCUAUCUCUCUUUUCUUUUCUAUACUGGAGCGAUGGCUUUACCAUAUGUAUUUGUGAAAACCAGAGCAACUAUGCAGUAGAGAAGAACGUUUCCGGGUCUGUUUCUCACAGAGCCUUGUCUUAACACAGGUGGUGUCACCCCCACCUGUGGGCUGUUGCACGGGUUAACUCGAGUUAGUCCAGGGAGGUGGAGAACAACCAAUCAGUCUUUUUCUACUUUAAUGCAGUUAUAACAUGUACAUAUUCCAUAAACACCUGAUAUUGUCUCUUUGAUUAAUAAGGCAAUAUAUGCAAUUCUGAUGCAGCAACUUCUAUAUUUUUUUUCUUUCCUAAAUGGUUCAGAAAGAAUCGGGCAGGGGUUUGAGUGAAGUGUUGCUUUCUCUAUAAACUAGGUUUUAAGAAAUCUUUGGUUCAUCUUUCUGAAAGGUUAACACAGAGUCGUAUCCACCAUUGCUGGGGGCUCUUUGCAACGCAGGACCAGGGAUGGGAUGGGGAGGGAGGGAGAGGUGGUGGUGUGCAGUGGUUCUAAAACACUACCACCAUCAUCAUCAUCGGUGGCCAAGCGGCAAAAAAACACAUCGAAUCUUACCUCUCGCCACCCUGCUUUUUCAGCAUUUCUGUCUUUUCAUUUGAUUCGUCUUAAUCUUUUGUGUUUUUUUUUUUUUGGUCGUCAUUUGGUCGUUGUAUGUUCUUUUUGAGUUGACUGCUUUUGGGUACUUGACACUUUACAUUUGUAUACAUGUAUAUAUACAUAUAUAUAUAUAUAUCUAUAUAUAUAUAUUAGAUGGUGAUAAUAUUUGGUCCCAUUUUAUCUUGAGAUAUAUUGCAAAUCAAAUGGGGGUAUUUUCCUUCAGCUUGACUUCUGAUUUCUCACAGAGUGAAGCUCGCAUACGGGAGAGAGAAUACUGCUUGAAUGUUAGAGAAUAUUUAAUUCCGACAUACCCGUUUUUUGUCCUAAAAACUUUAGCACUUGACCGAACCAUUGAGUUCCCGCCCAAAGGUUAAAGGAAGUGAUGUACUUCCCUUUGAGAAGUUCUCCAGGGUUUUUGUCUGUAUGAGCGAAUGAGAGUGUGCUGUCUAACAAACAGCUGGUAAAAGACAGGGAAAACUUUUUCUUUCUUUUUUUUUUUAUUUUACUCAGCACGAGUGAAGAGAUGACGAGAUUGAGCACCUUUAUUUUUUAAAUGCAUUUGCACAGCUUAACUAAAGAUAUCCAACCUGAAUGAGAUGUAUUUAAUACGGCAGUUAAAGAGGAGGGUUAAAGUGCUUAUUCCAAUAUUUUGCCCUAGGGACCACGAACCAUAAGACAACCUGUGUGAUGAGAAGAGCAAUAAAUACCUGUCCAAGUUAGGAGGCCAAAAAGAGAGAGAACCAGAGAGGGAAAGAGAGAGAGAAAAGCCAACAGCUGCAGCCAGCCACAGAGGGCGGGGGGCAG